AUGGAAGAAAUCAUGACAAAGUUUUCCGGCAACAGGGUGUUCUCGCAAUUGGAUUUGGCUGAUGCAUAUCUCCAGCUCCCAUUGGACGAGAGUAGUCACGUUCAAAGUCUGGUUCUUGAGCAACUGCAUCGUGGACAUCUUGGCAUACGUCGUAUGAAAGGUUUAGCGCGUCUACAUUUCUUCUGGCCAGGGAUGAAUUCUGAUGUCGAGACUUUGGUGCGACAGUGCAAUCAUUGCGUCCAAACUGAAGCAACGCCCGUGAAGGCUCCUCUUGUGCCGUGGCCGAACACUGGCAAAGCAUGGUCGCGGGUUCACAUCGAUAUUGGGGAACCGCGCAAGGGAAAUUAUUUCAUCGUAAUCGUUGACAGUUUCUCGAAGUUUAUGGAUGCCCAUUGGCUAACAUCGAUAACUUCGCAAUCCGUGAUUGCGUAUCUCCGCAGUCUGUUCCGAAUUCUCGGGCCUCCCGACACCUUGGUGUCCGACAAUGGUCGGCAGUUCACGUCGAGUGAAUUUGCCAAGCUCUGUGGAGAUCUCAACAUCGUUCAUCUACGUUGUGCGCCGUAUAUGCCUCAAAAUGACGGGUUGGCGGAGAGGAUGGUGAGAACGAUCAAGUCCGCUCUCGAUACUUCUGUGCACUCCCUGGAGUCCAUCGUCUAUGCCUACAAGUAUACCCCGAAUUCUGCUCUUGAAGGCGAAAAGUCACCAAAUGAAGUUUUCUUCAGUCGAUCUUUGAAGACGCCAUUCGAUGUUUUCAAGCCUGCCGGAGUUUCUCAUGAAUGGACGCCUUCUCAGGGAAUUUUCAAGGAGCAGUUCGAUCGACAUCAUGGUGUUCGCAAUCGCGAUUUCCUCCUGGGGGAGGAAGUGACGAUACAACUUCCGAGCGGUCGUCGCGUUCCGGCAACCAACCGUGAGCGUUGGUUCAGAAGAUGA